AUGCCGACCCCGACUGUCCACCGUGGGCCACGAGUGCGGUCGUGGCGUGCGCUGUGGAACCUGCUCGCAGCGUACCGGCUGCCGCUGAUUAUCUUUCUCUCUGCGACGGCUCUUAUCUGGGGAUACAACAUCUUCUUCUGUCGACUUCUUCGUGCAGUGAGGGAGGCGGAGACGACUGGUGUGCUCCCCUUGGAGGCCAUGAGCCUCCUGCAGGCGCAGCGACACACGCUCGGCUACACCGCUACGGGCACAUGUGCGGUGUGCGCUCUCACCCUUGGGAACGCCCUGGUCGCGCUCAUGUACUGGUCCCUUGCACGCGUCAUCUUCACCUGCCCCGGGUACGUGCCAGCAGAGCCGUGGCGAUACACACCUCGCUUCGAUGCUGAGCGACGGCACCAUUUGAAGGUGACGUGGUCCGCGCAACGGAAGUGCAUCCAAGAACAAGGUGUCGCUGCCCGGCAGCGAGCGUUGCAAGCUCUGCAGGAGCAGCAGGCGCUGUGGGCUUACCAGUUGCACAUGUUGCAGCAGCAGCAGCCACCGCACGCGUAUCCCUCACCCGCCUCUGGACUCAUAACGGCUCUCGGGCCUCCAUUCGCGUCUGCAGUGACACCAGGGCUGUUCCCAGCUCCAAACGAUGCCUCGAGAAGCGACAGCCUCUUGAUGGCUGCACCAACGCCUCAGCAACCCUUUUCCCCGCAGCUAGCAGCAGCGGGGAGUUGUGUAAUCUCGUGCACACCAGCCCUCGCUGUUGAUGCGUCGCUCUCAGUGGGUAUGGCAAACAUCGCGGCGAACUCCGCGAAGGCGGCAGUCUUGUGCUCAGGACCCGCAGCGCCGCAGCGGGCGUGCGCGGCAUCCGGUACAGCACCCUCCUCCACGUUAUCUCCCUCAGCGACAGAGACGACUGCCACAGCCAUAACCACCACCGCCACUACAGCUUCCUCUUUCUGCAGUGCCUCGUCCUCGUCAGCUUCUGGGUCCGCAACACCAGUGACGAGUACAUCGAGCCGAGGAUCCACCGGGGCUCGCGGACCUCACGGUUCCUCGACCAGUUGCGAUGCAGCUCCGCCGGCACUGUCUCCGCAUCGUCGGCCGUGCACAGCGAUUGCGGCUGCCAAACCCACUGUGAACCCGAACCUGGUGCUCGAGUACGAGGCGGAUGGGUCGCUGCGGUUCUGUGGGGUGUGCCACCAGUACAAGCCAGACGGCAGCCACCACUGUCGCGUAUGUGAGCACUGCGUGUUUGAUAUGGACCACCACUGCCACUUUCUCAAUAACUGCAUCGGCAGGCACAACUACAAGUACUUCUUCUUGUGCAUCUUCUACUCCACGUUGGGUGGCGCGGUGAACUCGAUGCUGUUCGUUACUGUGUAUGGGUGUAGCGUCGUGUGCCACGACUGGGGCCACGGCUGGUGGUGGGUGCCGGCUGGCAUGUGCGCCAUCAGCGUGUGCAUUGCGUAUCUGUGGGUGCAGCACAUUUUUCUACUCAUUCGAGGCGUCAGCACGCUGGAGCGCAUGACUGAACUGUCCUCGGAGCACUUUCUCAUGAGCGUGAGCGAGCCGGGCCUCAGUCAGGUCGUCAGGCCCGGAAGCUGCUGCAGCGACUGCGGAAUGGCCAUCGGUGAAUGCGUUCACGGCAUUGAAGCACUCGGGGAACGCCUCGUUGCGCCACUAGGGUGCAACAGCAAGUCCCGCAGGCUAUACAAGACCACCGCCUCGUUUCUCACCAGCAGCGGCAGGGGUGAUGGCGAAGGGGGAGCGCCGUCCGCCCCUUCAGCCCGAGCGGAGCGCCGGGCGCAGCGCUUUGUGUUGUUGUUCGGACUCCCGCGCUGCUGCCUGUAUCAUCUGCUGCCGCUCCCGCCCCCAGGCGAGUCUUCGCAACAGCGCGCGCGGUCGCGCGAAGGAGAGGUAUAG